AUGGUAUCUACACAUUCACAAUCGCAAUAUAUCACUGAUUUCACACCAAAAGCUGUAAGUUUAUUAUUUUUUGGGCUCAUUUGAUCUUCAUUGUUAUAAUUUUUUAGAUGGAGCCUGGUAAAUCACCACUUGCUCUUUUGGCCAAAACAUGUGAAACAAUUGGGCUUCCUGAAACCCCAUCGAAGAAAACUUCCUCAACUGAAAAGAAGGAUAGUAAUGUCUCGAAGAAAACUUCACCAAGAUCUACACCAGCAUCAAAAGAAGCACCAAGUAUGACAUUCCCAGGGCUUCCAAAACCUGGAGCUUUUCCUCAAAUGCCACCAAUGCCAUUCCCAUUUUUCAAUCCAAUGAUGCCUUAUCCAAUGCCAUUCCCAGCUUUUCCAAUGGCUCGAAUGCCGUGUCCUUUUGCUAUGAUGCGUCAACCCUGUCUGACUCCAGGGUGCAUCCAGUGCACACCAACAUCUUCAGCAUCUGGAGCUGCUGCAGCUGCAGCCGCCGCUGAUAUGAUGCAUCCACUUUUCAACGCGUAUUCUUAUCAAUCCUUGUUAGCCUCAGCUGCCGCCGCUUCACAACAUCAGCAACAACAAUCUACACCAAAAGCUUCAACAUCUACCGCAAAAACACAUAAGUGUAAUUGGAUGGAGAGCAGCGGAGUUUGCGGAAAAAAAUUUGCUGACGAGGAAGAGCUUGCGAAUCAUGUGAAAUCGAUUCACACGCCAUCGCCACCGGCUUCAACUGAAAAUAAACCAGCAAGUCCAGGUGGUCCGAUGAAGACACCAACAUCUCGGCCAGCUUCAUCCGCUUCUACUUCAGCCAGAUUUAAUCCAUAUGCAAAACCAGUUACAACUCCAAUGAUGGCGAUGCCACCGCAACUCAACCCAUUAAUGCUUCCAUUCCCACUUCAAGCUAUGUAUACCCAAAGACUUAUGUCUUCUAUGCCACAGUAA